ACUGGGCAUUUGCUUUGAUCGAUUCUUAUAUCAAGAAGAAAAAAAAGGAAAUAGACGAAUUAAAUAAGAAGUUUCAGGAAGUUCCAGGCGGACCGGGCAUUUUGCUUUUGAUUGAUUCUUAUAUCAAAAAAAAAAAGUAG